CCAGCCGACCGUCGACAGCUCCGGAGUUUCCAGAGCUCAGUGAAAAAAAAAAAAAAAAGAUGAGGAGCUGCUCUCUUCUGCCGAACAACGAAGAAAGAAUUAAAGUUCAACGGAAAAGAAAGGAACUCAGAUAAUCGACUGCGAUGAAAUGUGCGUCCAAAAGUGCGGGACUGACUUUAAAAACAAAGCGAACUGCGAGCAUCCAGAGUUGAACACAGUGGACACCGCGCUCCCUGCUCAAGUCUGACCUCCAGUGUCGGCAGCUGGUAUUCUUUGGACAAUGAUCAACUCUCAGAUCCAGCUCCACUACAACUACACAGGAAAGCUGGCCAACCGGCCAAGCAUUGGCGCGAGCCCCGGCACUGUGGACACCAAAACCGUAGUUUUCCUCAUCGUUUGCAGCUUCAUCGUCUUGGAGAACCUCACAGUGCUUGUAGCCAUAUGGAGGAACCACAGGUUCCACAACCGCAUGUACUUCUUCAUCGCUAACCUGGCAAUGUGCGACCUGCUGGCUGGAGUCGCUUACCUGGUCAACCUGCUCCUGUCUGGAGAGAAGACCCUGCAGCUCUCACCUGCUCUCUGGUUUGUGAGAGAGGGGAGCAUGUUUGUAGCACUUGGAGCCUCCAUUUUCAGUCUCCUGGCUAUUGCUAUAGAGAGACACCUUACUAUGAUCAAAAUGAGGCCUUAUGAUGCGAACAAGAACUACAGGGUAUUUCUGCUCAUAGGGACCUGCUGGCUGAUUGCUAUAUCUCUUGGAGCUUUGCCUAUUCUGGGCUGGAACUGCCUGAAUAACCUCCCUGAUUGCUCCACAAUCCUCCCUCUUUACACCAAGAAAUAUGUUGCUUUCUGCAUCACGGUUUUCAUGCUUUUGCUCUCAGCCAUAGCCAUCCUGUAUGCCCGCAUCUACAUCUUGGUCAAGUCCAGUAGCCGAAAGGUGAGCAAGCACAGCAGUUCAGAGCACGCCAUGUCCCUACUGCGCACUGUCAUCAUCGUAGUUGGAGUUUUCAUCGCCUGCUGGACUCCCCUCUUUGUCCUGCUCCUGGUGGAUGUAGCGUCCAAGCAGAGGUCCCCCAUUCUUUACGAAGCCCACUGGUUCAUUGGGCUGGCGGUGCUCAACUCCGCGAUGAACCCAGUCAUCUACACUCUGGCCAGCCGCGAGAUGAGGCGAGCUUUCCUGGGUCUGGUUUGUGGCUUUUGCUACAGGGCGAAGGCGUCUGCGAACGGGAGCGGAAACAGACAGUCCCUGGAGCCCAGCCGCAGCAGGAGCAAGUCGUGGAGCAGCCAGAACCAGCAGGGCUCCAGGCAGUCAGAGCCGGAGAGAGGACAGGAGUCAGACAGGGGCCACGGAAAGGUUUCAGUGGUGGCUGGAGCAAGCAGAGGUACUGCUGAGGCUGCGAGUGACAGAGAAGAUUAAAAGGAGACAGGAGUAAUUUACAGUAAUACUCUGAGCUUAAGGGCUUGUGCAGUAGUCACAACGGAGAGCAUUGUUCCCCAAAAAAGUGUUUCUUUAAAUGAAGGGUAGAUUUCUGACAUUAGCUGCAGGGCAGUGGUUUCUUUUUGCUAUAUGUUCAUCAUCUGUAAUGUAUGGCUCUUUCAAGUCCAGCCUCCAGUGCUCAAAACUUUGGAGUGCUCAAGAGUUUGGAGUCACAUUGUCCUUUUUUUGUUGUUGGGGUUUUUUUGCUGGAUAACAGUCACUUCCACAGAUGACUGGUGCUCUUACCCUCAACAGAAAGGACUUUUACCUCCGUAGUUGCAGCUGUGAUCUCCUAUGAUAAAUUAGAAGUAAAAAUUUACCCGCAGUUACCAAAUAAGUGCAAUUAUAUCACUGCAAAAACCAAUGUAAUGAAGAAUGAUUGUAGACUAUUAUUAUUGCAAUGACACACAGCUGAAGGUAUUUAUUAAUCUACGUAGUUUGUAUUUACUCAGUAAUCCUACAGUAUGCUGGGCAGUUACUGUAAUCUGCAUUGUAUAAUAACCAAGGCAAGAGUUACUCAUAGUGAAGAAACAAACAGGUGCGUUUUUUUGUAUUAUAUUAGUAGCAUUGUGCUCAAAAUGAAAGCGUUCGUGAUACAAGGGCUCCAUCUGCUGGUCUUACUCAGUACUGCUGCAUGUUCUCUAUGCAGCUACAGCAGUUCUUUGUGUGCAUUUGUUUUGAGCUUUAAAAGCAUGACGCUAGAAAGCUGAAGACUGUAAAGAGGCACGUGAAUGCAGCAUGUGAAAUACAAAUUGCAGAUAUUCAUGUUAGAUAAAAAAAAAAAUCAGCAUUCACUCAGUAAAUUAAAAUGGAAAACUAUUAAAUUUACUGUGUAACAAUUCAUUAGAAUCACCUUGUGGCCAAGAGAGUGCAGCUCUGCUUUGUUUAUGAGAGGAACUUAUAAAGGCUUGGUUCACCAAUAAAAGUAUUUACUGUGUAAUCUAGCCAUGCUUUUGAUUUUGUUAGUCAAGAUUCAGAAGCAUGGGUCUCGCUGUAGCUCACCUGGCUGUACAGGUGACUCAGUGCUGAAGGCUGCUGCAAAGGUUAGGCUCUGAGUCUGACCCAGACCAUUUUCUGCAUGUCCUUACCGCAACUCUUUUCCCUGCUUUCCUGUCCACUCCCUGUA